AUGUUCCGUCGUCGCUUCUCCUCCGUCUCGCAGGGGAGGAAUCCCCAGGGAGUGCAUGCCUGGCUGGUGGGGAGUGGGAUUGCAUCCUUGACCUCGGCAGUUCAUUUGAUGAAGGACGCGCAGGUGCCACCGUCUCAGAUCCAUAUCCUGGAGACUCACUCCUAUCCCGGUGGAGGAGUGGAUAGUACCGGAGAUCCUGGGAAGGGAUAUGUCAUUCACGCUGGCCGCCAGCCCAACUUCAACGAUCCCUGCAUGGAGGAGCUGCUCUCCUCUGUGCCUUCGAGUACCGGUACGGAAAGAACCCUCUUGGAUGAAAUCAAAGAAUUCAAUGAGCUGGAGGCUCCACAGGAGGAUGCUACAACCCAUGUCCUCGUUCAGGGGCAGUACGGGCCGGAAGAGCUGGAGAUGGGCAAGUCAAGCAUGACGCACAAAGAACGCAUGGAUCUCCUCAUGUUCAUGCUGGAAGGCGAGAAGGCAUUGAAUAGCAAGAGCGUCAAGGAUUGCUUUGGGGAAUCGUUCUUUCAGAGCAAAUUCUGGUGUAUCUGGGCAGCAACUUUCGCAUUUCAGCCCUGGCAUAGUGCAAUCGAGUUUCGCAGAUAUCUUCGCAAGUACCUUCAUGACACCCAAAGCCUAAACAACAUGAAGAUGCUGGGAUGGACCCGGUUCAGUCAAUACGAAUCCCUCAUCAUGCCGAUUGCUCACUUCCUCGAGGAGCAGGGGGUGGAUUUCCGAUUCCACUGCCGGGUUACGGAUCUCAAGAUGUCGACCCCUACAACGGUGACAGAACUCACCAUGAUGCAGAAUGGCACCGAGAAGAUUGUGACGAUCGACCCCAACGACGUCGUCAUCGUCACGCUCGGCUCAAUCAGUUCCGGAUCGACGCUGGGAUCGAACUCGAAAGCCCCUGCACCCAUGUCAAUGGGUUCGGAAGACUCGUUUGGGGUCGAGUGGUCCAUCUGGUCGCAGCUUGCCAUGCAGAGCCCAAAUUUCGGUAAUCCGACCAGGUUCUCCAGCCGGAUCCCCGAAUCUUCUCUUGAGACGUUCACGGUCACCCUGCGCGAUCCCGAGUUUCUCGACCGCUUGCUCAAGCUGACCAAAGAACGGCCCGGCACUGGCGGGCUCCUCAUCCUCAAGGAUAGUAACUGGGCUAUGAGUCUGAGUAUCCCCCACCAGCCGAUGUUCUCUGACCAGCCACCGGACGUUCAAGUCUUCUGGGGCUACUCCUUGUUUCCCGAACGGAUCGGCAACUUUGUCAGAAAGCCAAUGUUCUCAUGUACCGGCCAGGAGAUCAUGAGCGAGCUCCUCCAGCACCUCCGGUUCCCGACGGAUUCUAUUCUCAAGAAUUCCGUCACCGUCCCAUGCUUCAUGCCCCAUUUGACCGCACAGAUGCUCACUCGCCACCACGGUGAUCGUCCAGAGGUCGUCCCCCGGACCAACAAUGUGGCUGUUAUAGGCCAAUAUGUCGAGAUUCCAGAGGACACAACAUUCACCAUAGAAUAUAGCGUGCGCGGGGCACAGAUGGCGGUGCAACACAUGAUGGGCCUGGUGGCCGAGCCAAAGAAGAGGCAGAAGCACUAUCUUGCUGAGUUCCUGGAGGCUUUGGUUUGA